AUGCACUUCCCUCAGGUUCUGCUGAAAUGUGCAGAGUUCAUUGAGAAGCACGGGAUUGUGCAUGGGAUCUACAGGUUGUCGGGGGUCACCUCAAACAUCCAGCGGCUCAGACAGGAAUUCAGUGCCGAGGCGUGCCCUGACCUUACGAAGGAAGUGUACCUCCAGGACAUCCACUGUGUGGGUUCCUUAUGCAAGCUGUACUUCAGGGAGCUACCAAAUCCUCUGCUCACAUAUGAGUUAUACAGCAAAUUCACCGAAGUGGCCUCAGUGUGUGGUGAUCAUGAAAGACUUCUACACGUUCAAAAGAUUGUUAAGCAACUGCCGACCCCUCACUUCAGGACUCUGGAGUACCUCACCAAGCAUUUGGCCCGUCUGGCCACUUUGAGUGCCCAGACAAACAUGCAUACACGCAAUCUAGCCUUGGUUUGGGCUCCUAAUCUGUUGAGAUCCAAAACAAUAGAGGCCACUUCUGGUAAUGGAGACAUGGCUUUCCAGGAGGUGAGAAUACAGCAGUCAGUGGUGGAGUUCAUUCUAAACCACACAGAUCAGAUUUUCAACAGCGAAUCUGUGCAAAUCAAACCAAAAGAAGGGUUAAGUCUGAUGUGUGGAGAGAAGUACGCCACGCUUCCAAUCAGCAGUCAGUGUGGACCGAUGAAACUGAUGAGCCUGGAAGAAGCCCAAGCCCGCUCCCUAAGUCCAAAUCAUCCCGUGCAUAAAGAACGCCAACGAGAGAACAGUCUGCCUGACACCAGCACUGCCAUGCUCUACCACACUGUCAUAGACUUAGACAGCAAGAGAAAACUGUCCGGUAAAUCCAAGAAAUGGAAAUCCAUCUUUAACUUGGGACGCUCUGUGGACUCCAAAGGAAAACUGAGCCGGAAUGGAAGUGUGUUCAUUCGAGCUCCAGGGUUAACAGAAAAGGCAUCUCUUCGACCAUCUAGAAGCAUGGAGUCACUGUGCUCCUUGCCAACAGAUGACGACAGAACUGGAAAGAGUCCAUCAGGAGGACAAGGCAACAUUUUUGUUCCAGAUGUAAAAUCAAGAACUUUGGGAUCUGAUUCACUUUAUGACUUGAGGGAACAUGAGCAAAAUUGGGAGUUUAAGGAGAAAAAAUCUGGCAGCGGAACAGGCGGAUGGAACUCUGGCUCGGGCCAAAAGGGCGGGCCAUCGGGUGCUUCGGCAACCACUCAAAAAACACUACCAGAGCAGCUCAAGGUGUUCAAAGGAGAUGACCCAAGCAACUACAAACCUACAUCUCCUAAAAACAGAAGGAUGCUGUACUCAGGUUCCUCUUACAACAGCUCCUCUCGACCUUCCUUUCCGGGAAACUUCUUUCCACUGGAGUCAUCGCCGAGGCAUCAGCGAAGAGCCGUCAACAUAUCGGAGCCUUUCGCUGUGUCAGUACCGCUACGCGUGUCGGCCGUUAUCAGUUCAAAUAGCACGCCGUGCAGGGGGCUUGCUAAGGACAGAAUGACUGCAGCAACCCUAAAACCCUACAGAGAAACCUCAGAGCAGAGCAGUGGUGGAAAAAACAACACGUGUCCCGAAAUGGAACCUGACAAGAGAGAUGAAACCGAGAAGAAAAAAUCAUUGGAGUUGGCCUCGUGUGUACCGCCAAAGGAUAAAUGGAAAGAACUUCUCCAGAAUGGCCAGGAACUGAUGAGUAACACUCAACUGGAAGAGUUUUUGGUUGUGAACGGAACCACAGCUCCAACACCCUUUAGUGGGCAAAAUAUGGACAAUCAGCAAAUCCCUCCUCCACAGGAUAAGGAAUUAUGCAUCACAAAGGAGCUCCGGUACGACAGCCAUCAUGAGCUGAAGAUAACCGAACCUGAAAUUAGCCAACUGGAUAAGAUUUGUGAUUCUGGUUUGCCUUCCGAAAAUAAGAGGCUAACCAUGGAUGUAAAGUCAAAAAGAAGUCGUAGCUCUCCGUCACUGUCCAUGUUCUGUAAAGACCAGUCUUCAAAUACCUCUCUCAAUGAUUAUGUUAAUUCCUCCAGGUCUGAAUCAUCAAAGAAACAACCUUCAGAGUCAGAUAUCCUAUUUUCACUCCAUAAAAAUAAUGUUAGGGUCAAUGAAAAGAUACAAAUUGUCAGCCGUGCACUGGAUGAAGCUGAUAAGAAGGUUCAGCCGAUGUUUCCAAAAAUCACACCUUUGAAUAAAGAUUUCGCUUACAGUGAAAAGUGCCAACCUCCUUUAAAGGAACUGUGUGUAAGUAAAGUUAAAGCUAUUUCAACUGACUCUUUGAUUGGUGGCGGCACCUUAGCGGCAAAUGACGGCCAAAGACAAUCUGAGGAAUGUGAAAGUCUUGAAGCGGACCAAAUCAUCUCAGGUGAUGAAGAGAAAAUUCCUGAAGUUAUUUCAAGGUUUUCCGUAUGUUUGGAAGAGAGACCCAACUCUCUGGAGCUGCCAAUCCAUGAGGAUGACGAAGGAUGUGCAGGAAACUCUGAAGAGCUGGACCUGGUGGAAUCAUGGGAAGACCUCAGUUCGAACAAGCAGUGGGUCACCAGUCCUCUGCACUCACCAGAUGUGGAUGAAUUAUUCAAACAGCAAAUGCCGUUCAGCUCUCAAGAGGUAACACUGAACUCGGAUGAGGAACGGACCUCAUUCCCAUCAUCCAGUAGCAAACAAUCAAAAAGAACAUCUCUGGCUAAGAGCUUGUCAGGGAAUAUUCCUCAAACAUCCAGCAGCAAAUAUGAAGCUAAAUGGACCUUUUUGCCUUCUCUGCAGGCUGGUGUCAACCCCAGCAAUGGAAUGCAAGCUCCGACUGGAAAAGGGGUAACAAAAAAACAGAAAUCAUCACAACACUUUUAUAGACAGAUGUCUUAUGAAUCACCAGGGUCGGAGAAAAGAGAAGAUCACAACCUUUGCAAGCAUAGACCAUACUCCCUUAACUUGGACUUGGGACCUCGAUGCAUUCGGGACAUUUCAAAUCAGCAAAGCCAUCCUUCAUACGAGUUUUCCUCCUGUACGAGGAGUUUGUCUGGGACUCUAAACAAUGGGCUCCUCUCAGAGUUGGACUUGUUCCUGAAUGAUCGCCAGGCCCCUUUGCGGCGAAACUCGGCCCCUGUCAGUGUAUCAUCAGUCCGGACGGCCUUCAUGAUAAAGACGUGCCAGGCCAAAGCCGUACCUGUCGUUCCUCCAAAGGUGCAGUAUAGUCAGAUACCUCCCUCCAGGAAAGAUGGUGACAUGGAGUCAGGAAAGGAACAAGAGAAGGAAUAUCCUAAAACAAGUACAGAGAAAAGUCAUACAGCCCCUCUCCCACUCAUGUCUGAUCUGAAGGAGGAAUUAGAGAACAAAGACCCUGGGCCCAAACACCAGUCCCAACCGAAGGUUGAGAAACAAACACAGAACGAGAGGACAACGAGCGUGACAGAACUACCGGUCAUCACAAGGCGACACGCCCCCAGUCUUGAAGUGUUUGUUGACUGUCCCAAACCCAACAGGGCAAAUCUUUUACAAAGGCCGUCUUUUAGAAACCGGCAGAGACCCCAGAGUCUGAUCCUGUUGAGUCCCCCUUUUCCCAUCAUGGAUUAUCCUCCGUCAGGUGACGACAGCAAGCUACUGUCAUCCAUCAAGAGCCUGAAUGAGGACUCAGCAGUGAAAGAGCCAACGGGAGAGGGGAUUGCCCUCCAAAGUAAAAUGACCAUUCCAAAAAGUGGUCAGAGACUGGAAACAUCAACCAGCUGCUUCUACCAGCCUCAGAGGAGAUCGAUGAUAUUUGAAAGCAGGAACCAAAGACAGAUAGAGUAAGUCUGGAGACUGAGUGAAUGUAAAUAACGUAUAGUACUGAGAGAGAUAUGAUGGUAACAUGUUGUAAAUCACAGGAUUUUAUAUAAAGCUGUACUUGAGGGUUGAAUAAUUUGUUACUGUAAAUUAAGAUUUCUCUCUACACUCGUGAAGUAUUUAAGAAACUAUUGUACAUUUCUGAGACAUUUGGGGCAGGAGUCACGAAUGGGAUGUUUUUAACAGUGAACUGGUGUGACAACAGCAGCAAUUCAAAUAUUCAAAAUGAUUUUGUUCCAUCCUUUGUGUGGUGCUUGACGGUCACUUUUUCACAAAAACAUGCCUUUGAGAACACAUGUAAACCUUUUGACUGACAAUCAGCUUUUGAUUAUCAGUCAGUUAGCUGCGUAAUUUACUUUAUUUCUCAUAUCUUAUACUUGAAAACCUAUGAAGGUUAGUUUGACUGGAGAUAGUUUUCUUCAAGGCUCAUUCUUGUGAGUGCCAUACAGUACAAACAGCUCUUUUUUUUUUUUUAACUUCCUGGAAAAAUAAAAACGCUUCAUUGCAAAAGACUAAGUAACAUUUAGAAGCACAUUACUUUGUAAUAAGCCCAGUUUCCACAAAGAUGUACAGUUCCAUUUGGUCUGCAUUGUUCUUGUGAAUGAUACCAAAAUAAAAACACGGCACUCUCCCACUGAAGUACACACUUUGAUAUGAUACCGCAAGUAAGGAUCUGGAAACAUUGUGCUGCAUGCGCAGGUCACCACAAAAUUGUCACUUUUGGGCAAAGGGAAUUGAAUACGGAAGAACAACCUCAUCUCUCAUGUCACAUUUGUAUUUUUUUGUGUGAGCAUUACGCUUUGUUGAACUGCUAUGAUGUCACACUGUCUAUGAUGAGUCAGGGUCAGGACUGGCCGUUCCAACCCAGACCGUGGCGAGAACCGAACUGUACCACUUGGUGGGAUCGUGGCAUGGAAAAUGUUACGUCAUCAUAUUGUAAUAUACUGACAAUGUGCUAUGAAAAGCUAAUGUUCAACCUGCAACAUUAUAGUGUUAUGUUGCAGCAAGUGAAAAAAAUAAAUCAUUCAUCAAUCAUUAAAAUCAAAAUUAAAAAAUAAAAAAUAAAAUCAUUGUACAUUAAGUCUUGUAGAUCAAAGGAACUGGACUAAAAGUGAUAAUGACGCUAUUUAACAGUUUAACUGUGCUAGCCAUAAGAGCUAUGAUCAUAUAGUUUGCAGGAAAUAAACUGCUGAAGAUGUAUCGGUGAGAUGAAGUCAACUUUAAACAUAAGGAAAUAAACAAUACAACAUUUAGCUUUUGACUGUGAUUGUGAUAAUGAAAAGGAAAUAUAUUUUUCUGAAACGCAGGCUGUACAUUGGAUAAUAAUAUUAACGUACAAAAGAUGUUUUUCAUGUUUAUAUCAAUUUUCUUUAUAUUUUUUGUAUUUCUUUAUCGGACAAAAAUGCAAAACCAGCAUUGAGAAGAAGGGAAAAGAUGAUUCAGCCUAAAUGAAAUAUCCUGGAGUUGCUUCUCUCCAGGUUGACUUGUGCACGUUGACUGUAUCAAUAUGGACCCUUCGUGAUGCUUCGGGCCAAAAUCUACUGAGAGCAUCGAAACAGUUUUAUUGGGAUCAAAAGAGGCUUUGUGUCUCAUAUUGUCCAAAUGUAUUGGAUCCAAACAUUGUGGUGACUUUAGUGAGUUUUAUUUCUUUGUUGAUUUCAUUUUUUCGUUUGCACUUACGGGGAAAAGAUCACCCGAGAAAGUGCUCGUCGAGGGAGUGAUCGUGAAUUUUGCCGCGACAAAAACAAUGACAAUAAACAGUUUUUCAAAUGACAUGUUUUGUUAUUUAU